CCAGAAUCCGCGGAAAGCGAUCCUCGAACAACAGUUGGGGAACCAACCGUCGGACACUGAUUGGCUGAAGAAGCGACGGCUCUCGAGUUCUCGUUACCUACGCAAACGCGAUCCGAGGCCCCAGCAAAGCGGCCUUCCUCCUCCUCCCGUAAUCUCAAACCGCCACUUCUGCUUCCACAUUCGCCUCCGAGCUGUCCCUCAUGGCGGGCGAAGGCAAAAUCGCCUAUUGCUUCAUCUUUCUCCUCUGUCUCCGCCCAUCUUCGGAGGAACAAACGUGGGUCAAGUCCGGUUACUUCUACGCCGGCAGCGAAAUCCCGGUCUCCGACAUCGGUUCCUCGUUGUUCUCUCACCUCAUAUGCGCUUUUGUUUACAUCGACUCUUCGACCCAUCAGCUCUCCAUCAACUCCUCCACUGAACGAAUCUUCUCCACCUUCACGAGCACCGUUAGACGCAAGAACCCUUCGAUUAUCACGCUGCUAUCAGUGUGGGCAGGCCGAGAGGAUCCUUCGGCUUUCGCUUCGAUGCUCGGCGAGUCUUCUUCAAGAAGGUCCUUUGUUGAGUCUACGAUAGAAAAGGCAAGGCUUAAUGGGUUCAGUGGGGUUGAUCUCUAUGGGUUCUUGCCCAGUAGGAGCAUUAACAUGACCAAUUUGAGUGCCCUUUUGCGGGAGUGGAGAGAUAGAGUGGAUGCCGAAUCAAGAGAAUCUGGGAAACCUCAGUUACUGCUAGUAAUGGCCGUGUAUUGUGAAUCCAUUGCUGACUCUGUGAGUUACCCACUUGACUCAAUUCGGAGAUAUUUGGACUGGGUUCACCUUGUUGCUUAUGAUUACCAUCUCCCCACCAGGGAAAAAUUUGCCCUCCCUCAUGCACCUUUAUUUGACCCAGCAAACCGGAACAACACAGACUUCUGCAUAACUUGGUUGUCGACUAGAGGAUUUCCUGCAAGAAAGCUGGUUCUGGGCUUGCCCUACCAUGGCUAUGCAUGGCGGCUCGAGGAUUUGAGCGCUGAUGCCAUCGGCCAUCCGGCAGUGGGGCCUGCAGUGACGGCCGAUGGGUCAUUUGGAUAUAAGGCCAUACGAUCAUUCAUCCGAGAUUUCGGUUAUGGAGCCAUUUCUGUUUAUAAUGGCACGUUUGUGGUGAAUUUUUUCAGAAAGGGGUUGGUAUGGAUCAAUUUCGAUGACGUGGAGUCCAUCCGAGCCAAAGUAACUUAUGCCAAGGCAAAGGGGCUUCUUGGUUACAAUGUGUUUCAGGUUGGCAAUGAUGAGAACUGGGUUCUUUCCAGGACAGCUCAGGAGGCCAUUGAAGAUCAGCAACACAGGCGAUGGUUCUGGCUAGUUAUGCUUAUUUCGAUUGCCAUAGUCGUUUUCUUCAUAUUUGGCCUGAUAUGCUACUUACAGAGGAGAACAUUGAAAUCAGAAGGUAUUUUGGGCGUAAUAAAAGGAUUUAGUAGCCGAUUUAAGACUAUGGCGCAUAAAGUUGAAAGUCCUGAGAGCGGUGCUCCUAAUCUGCAAGCAUUUCAUUAUGCCACACUCAGGGCAGCAACUGAUAACUUCUCAAGUGAAAAUAAACUUGGAGAGGGUGGAUUUGGACCUGUUUACAAGGGCAAGUUGCCCAAAGGACAGGACAUUGCUGUAAAGAGACUUUCGAAAACUUCGGACCAAGGGCUCGAGGAGUUCAAGAAUGAAGUUGUGCUCACUGCCAGCCUGCAACAUGUCAACCUUGUUCACCUUCUCGGAUUUUGUACCGAUAUGGAAGAAAAGAUGCUGAUCUAUGAAUACAUGCCGCAUAGGAGCUUGGACUUCUACCUUUUCGAUCCGACAAGGAAGUAUUUGCUGGAUUGGGAAAAACGUGUUCAUAUCAUAGAAGGCAUCACACAGGGGCUUCUUUAUCUCCAAGAAUACUCAAAUUUCACAAUAAUACAUCGAGACUUGAAAGCCAGCAACGUUCUGCUGGAUAAAGAGAUGAAUCCCAAGAUAUCAGAUUUUGGUAUGGCGAGAAUAUUCAGGAAGGGUGACCUUGAGGCAAAUACCGGCCGAAUUGUUGGGACUUACGGGUAUGUUCCACCAGAAUAUGUGAGGAAAGGCAUAUACUCAAUGAAAUAUGAUGUCUACAGCUUCGGUGUACUGCUGUUGCAAAUUAUCAGUGGUAAAAGGACCAGAUGUUACUAUGGCCCGAAUGAAAAUCUCAAUCUUCUUGAAUUUGCAUACGAGCAGUGGAAAGAGGGUAAAUGCAUGGAGUUCAUUGACCCAUCUCUGGAUGACUCGACAUCAUCUUGUAAGCUCGCGAGAUGCAUGCAAGUGGCUCUUCUAUGCGUGCAAGAGAAGGCCGGGGACAGACCCUCCAUGUUGGAAGUGUCUUCCAUGCUCAAGAAUGAAGCUUCAGCUGUAAAUUCCCCCAAGAAGCCUGCAUUUUCGAUUAACAAGGAGGAAGACGAGGACGACAAGGGCUUGCCCAAGGAAGCAAUUCAUUCAGCCAAUGAUGCAUCGAUUUCUGAAUUAUGUCCUCGCUGAUCAUACAUUGCAGGUAUCCAAUGCUGCGGAUACCAGCACCAAAGAGCGAAUCUUCUGUUGAUUAUUUGGUUGCCUAAUACUUCGUUUGGUCCCAACUAACUGUCAAUAUUUCUCGACGUCUGUGUAAUUUUUUAUCCUCUAAGAGGCAGUUCAACUGUUCGUUCUUUCGUCUUGUAACAUAUGGAGUUAUGAAUAAUCCUCCAGUAAACACCCUGCGGUGUCUUAAAGCUGCAAUUGUCGCUCUGUUCUU